GAAGCCGAGUGACUUGUCAAAUUUGCGUAAAGUCAUCGUUUGUGAUUUUGAGAUUUUUCAUUAAAUUUUCAAAUAAUAGUUUAUUCAAAAUGACUGCUAAAAAUAAGCCUGAAGAAACUAAAAAAGAAAAGGCCGAUCCGGUGCCUGCCGCCACCGAUGAUUUAUCUGAAGAAGAUAAACGCUUGCAGGAAGAGCUUAAUUUACUGGUAGAAAAACUUGUGGGUGACGAUGUUGAUCUGUACCUGCCUGCUUUGCAAAUGUUAACUAAUCUGAUCAGAACAUCCACCACAUCAAUGACAUCAGUGCCCAAACCAUUGAAAUUCUUGAGGGAGCAUUAUCCAACAUUGAAGGAAGUAUAUGAGAAAAUUCAGGAUCCCAAAACUAAGAAGUUCUGUGCAGAUGUUGUCUCAGUGUUGGCGAUGGGCGUCAGUGGCUCCGUGGAAGCUGCUGAAAAGAAGGAGUGUCUUAAAUACUGUCUGCUUGGAACAUUGUCCAAUGUUGGUGAAUGGGGUCAUGAAUAUGUCAGGCAACUAGAAGGUGAAAUAGCAGAAGAAUGGAAGGUGGAGAACAUGGACACCCUACUGCCACUAGUGAAGGAUGUGAUCACCUUUGACAUGCAGCACUCGGCGGAGAUCCAGGCCUGCGACCUGCUCAUGGAGAUCGACAAGCUGGACCUGCUCACCGGCCACAUGGACGCCAGCAACUACCCCCGAGUGUGCUUGUACUUGAUUGGCUGCGCGAGCUACGUGGUCGAGCCGGAGUCCACAGCGAUCCUGCAGGGCGUGCUGGACACGUACAUCAAGUUCGGCGAGCACCCGCGCGCGCUGCUCGUGGCCAUGCAGCUGCACGACAAGGCCAAGUGCGAGGAGGUCUUCAACUCCUGCACCGACCCGUUGGUGAAGAAGCAGCUGUGCUACAUGCUGGCGCGGCAGUACAUCCCCAUUGAUGUGGAUGAUGAGGACCUUCGUACGAUCUUGCUGAAUGCACACAUCAACGACCACUUCCUGAGCUUGGGCAGAGAGCUCGAUAUAAUGGAGCCGAAAACUCCCGAGGAAGUGUACAAGACGUGGCUAGAGUCGGCCGGCUCGGCUCUGCGCCCCUCCCUAUUAGCCGAACACCCUGUGGAUUCGGCCAGACAGAACCUUUCGGCCACGUUUGUUAACGCGUUCGUCAACGCCGGCUUCGGCCGUGACAAGCUUGUCACUACUGAAGAUGGAAACAAAUGGAUGUACAAGAAUAAAGAUCAUGGCAUGUUAUCAGCGGCAGCCUCUCUCGGCAUGAUCCACUUAUGGGACGUGGACGGCGGCCUCACUCCCAUAGACAAGUACCUGUACACCGCCGACGAGCACAUCAAGGCGGGCGCUCUACUGGCCCUGGGGCUGGUCAACUGCGGCGUCAGGAACGAGUGUGACCCCGCGCUAGCCCUGCUGUCGGAUUAUGUGCUGCAUACGAGCUUUAAUCUGAGGAUUGGCAGUGUUUUAGGUCUCGGCAUAGCAUACGCGGGCACGCAACGCGAGGACGUGCUGGCGCACUUACUGCCGGUGCUGAGCGACACGGCGGCGCCCGCCGAGAUCUGCGCGCUCGCCGCCAUAUCCUGCGGACUUAUUGCAGUUGGGAGUUGUAAUGGAGAGGUGACGUGCGCCAUCAUCCAGCGUCUGAUCGACGACAACAAGGAGCUGCACUCCUCUACCUACGCCAGAUUCCUGCAUUUAGGACUCGGACUCUGCUUUUUAGGCUGCAAGGAGCGCACAGAAGCCACCAUGGCCGCACUAGAAGUGCUGCCGGAGCCGCAGCAGUCGCUGUGCCAGACCACGCUGUCCAUGUGCGCGUACGCCGGCACCGGCGACGUGCUCGUCGUGCAACAGAUGCUGCACAUCUGCUCCAAGCACUACGACACCGACAACGAACAGCAAUCGUCUGAAGACACGGCGUUCAAGAAGACUGACAAGAAGGAGGCGAAGGAGGGCUCGAGCGGCGGCGGCAGCGGCAGCAGCAGCAGCUCUAAGGAAGAUAAGAGCAAGGGCAAAUCAAGCAAAGACGCCAAAGGCAAAGAGAAGGAUAAGGAGAAGGAGGCCAACAAGGAGCUGUCGUCCGUGCAGGCGGUGGCGACGCUGGGCGUGGCCGUCAUCGCGCUCGCCGAGGAGACCGGCGCGGAGAUGUGCACCCGGAUCUUCGGGCAACUCGGUCGCUACGGAGAGCCGGCGGUCCGGCGCGCGGUGCCUCUAGCCAUCGCGCUGUGCUCCAUCUCCAACCCGCAGCUGUCCGUCAUCGACGUGCUCAACAAGUACUCGCACGACGCCGACAACGACGUGGCGUACAACGCCAUCUUCGCCAUGGGGCUCGUCGGCGCCGGCACUAAUAAUGCUAGACUAGCGACAAUGCUCCGUGCGCUAGCCCUGUACCACGGCAAGUCGCCAGUCCACCUCUUCAUGGUGCGUCUGGCGCAGGGUCUGUGCCACGCGGGCAAGGGAACGCUGACGCUGAGCCCGGCGCACGCUGACAAGAGACUCAUCAACCAGCCCGCGCUCGCUGGGUUGUUGGUGGUGAUGACGGCGUUCUUGGAUUGCAAGAAUAUAAUCCUGGGCAAGUCGCACUACCUGCUGUACGUGCUGGCCACGGCGAUGCAGCCGCGCUGGCUCGUCACGCUCGACGAGAACCUGCAGCCCCUCAACGUCAGCGUUCGUGUUGGUCAGGCAGUGGACGUGAUCGGCAAGGCGGGCACGCCCAAGACGAUCGCGGGCUCGCACACGCACACCACGCCCGUGCUGCUGUCGUUCGGCGAGCGCGCCGAGCUGGCCACGGACGAGUACCUGCCGCUCUCGCCCGUCAUGGAGGGCUUCGUCAUACUCAAGAAGAACGAGGACAGCGUCAUGGCCACCGUACACUAACGUAGAUUUAGCAAAUAAAUUGUAUUAUUAUAUGUGCUGAUUUUUUAAAAUAACAAAUAUAAAGUUUCGUCGUAA